AUGUCUACUCCAAGCUGCGAGGCGGAUUAUCGAGAAGACGAGUCCGCAAACUACCUUGACUUUGGCUUUUACGCGAUAGUGAAUGCGGAAACUGGAAAGCGUCUCGAAAGAGAAAGAAGACAAGUUAGGGAGCGCGAGAUCUCCUGGAUACGUAAGAGGGAUUUGCAUAUCCUGACGUCAUCGACCUUCGCUUACACGGGGGACGCAAGAUUUUCCGUUAAGCAUCCCGAAUCAUCCGACGAAUGGACGCUGAGGAUCGAAUACAUCCAACCACGGGACGCUGGGAUUUAUGAAUGCCAGGUUAACACCGAGCCAAAAAUGAACUUAGCCUUCAUGUUAAAAGUCGAAGCUGCUCAGGCGACGAUCCUGGGGCCGGAAGACGUCUACGUAAAGAAGGGUAGCACGAUAAGCCUCACGUGCGAAGUAAAUGUGCGAAGUACACCUCCCAGUAGCGUUACUUGGUAUCAAGGAGGGGCCGUGCUAGAUUUUGACAGUCCCAGGGGCGGCAUUUCCCUGGAGACGGAGAAAACGGAUACCGGGACGACAAGCAGACUACUGGUGACACAAGCCAGAUUGUCCGACAGCGGAAAUUACACCUGCGUCCCUAGCAACGCGAAUCCAGCGAGCGUAAUGGUCCACGUGCUGAAUGGUGAACAUCCAGCGGCCAUGCAGCAUGGUGGUAGUUGCGGCAUGGCUCCGACCAUUCUACUCGCCAGUAUCACCCUCAUAAUUGCGAAUCUGUUAAGGUGA